GGAGAACUGGCCCUCAAACCACAAGCAAGGCGGAUUACCUAGGAAUGAAGUCGAGCUUGUCAUGAGGUCCUAUGAGGCACCGGCCCGGGCCACGGAGGGCGGCACUCUGUGAUCCGGGGGGGAGCGUCCCGUGAGACGUGCGCAUGGACUGUCUUCGGAGGGUUGGUGCGCACAGUCCCCAGCGGAGGGGGCGGUAAGCUCUCCAGGUGCGGAGGAUCACCUGGUAAAAUGGGGAGAGGAGGAACUGGCCCUCGAACCACAAGCAAGGUGGAAUACCCAAGGAGGAAGGUUACUCUUUGGGUCCGCUCGGUCCCUACAAACUUCUUGACACUGGUAAUAUGCGGUCGGUUUCGUAUCCCAAUCCGCCUAUGGCUAGGUGGCCCCCCCUCGUUGCGAGGCGGCGUCAUUGACCCAUGGGUUGGGGAGGGUAGGAUUCAGGCUUAUUGGAACCAGGGAAAAAGAGGAGGACCCAAUCGAAUCACUCCUCGCAAGGGGUCUGAACCAACUGGGUGCUCAACCACUGCCAUAAAGAAGUUGAUGUCGGUGCAACUUGCAAAACUCAUAUGCAGUGGUUGAGAUGGUCAACUCUUUUUCAGGGGGAAAGCUCGAAGCUCACUUGAGGCCAAAAACCUGGAAUGAGACCCAUGUUGACUGCGGACGAUCUCGGUCGGACGCAGGACGAUGCACGGGUACCUGAACAUGUUAGUAGGUCAAGGACGGUGUGUCCUAGAGUUUUCUUAACGUGGAAUGACAAUCGGAAGCAUGGUGAUGCCACGUGGGAGUUAAUGCUUUCGUGGUGCAUGGGAGAAAUCGCCGGGCUGUUUCAGUUACGGUGGAUGUCUCUAGCAUCGUGUCUUUCCACUCACGAUGAGAUGGCUCGACCACAAUGUCGAGUCUGGGUUGGUAGUGCCUCUGGUUUGAGUGUCAAACUUCGGUCUGUCGCACUCGGUAGAUGUAACCCAACUCGUAUCUUGUCAUGGCUGCAAUGGGAUGGCUCGGUGGCAACGCCGGGUUCUGUGCUGGUUGUUUCUCUGGUUUGAGCAUGAGGCCUCGGUCUGUAGCGCUCGGUAGAGAAACACAGCCCACUCACAUCUUGUUGUGGAGGUUGAGGAAGCCCGUCUCCUUAGCCACUCGGAUACGUGAAAGGUAACGCUUGCUCAAACUGGAAGCCAGUGUGUGGCAUGUUAAAGUCCCGUACCCAUAAUCUAACAAACGAGCACCACACAAAAAAAGGGGAAGGCGCUAAGAGUAUGGAAAAAGGGUUGAUGUUGCCCUUGGUCAUGCCCCUAAAAGACAAGAUGGAGCCCAAGUCGGGUACCCUGGGCCUAGCUGGCGGAUACUGGGACACUGGUGGAACGGAGUAAAGCAAGCGUUGUCGAGUACCAUAUCUGAGCCCGAUACGUAAGAGGGGCAUACCGAACUGAGCCAAACGGCCACUGGGGCCCGAAUCCCGGCUAUCCAGCUUUAUGCGGAGGUGGUUGAAUCGGUGCAAGGCAACCAGCCGGAGUAACGAAGGGAGGUAUGUCCCACUUGCUGUACGGCCUUGAGA